AUGCGACGUACUCAUCCCUUCGGAUGGCAGUACUUAACCUUACUCCUGAUGACUCCAAAUGUCGUCUGUACUGCAAAGGUCGUGCUUGUCGCUACUGCAACAUAUUUGUUGGGACAAGUGCCAUUCCUGGACUAUAUUCUACCUGGAUUACUGACGAUAUUCUUGCCAUGGCCAGACCACAGCCAGCUCACUUUGAGAACGAUGAGAUUAUACGUCCUUCUUAAAGAAAGUAAAAUUCGAGCCGUGUUCAAUCUAGAAGAGUCCGGUGAGCAUUCGUUUUGUGGAUCGGGAAAUCUCGUCGGAGGAUUCAGCUACGAUCCUGAGCGCCUCAUGAGAAAUGAGAGUUGGUCGCCAUCAGCUAGAAAGUCUGAUAUUCACGGGUAG